AUCACAACAAGUAAUAACUACCAAACAAAACCAAAGUCAUUUUCAAUUUUCAAUUCAAAACCAAAACACAUGAUAUGCAAAUACAAAAACCAAAAGGACAUAACAGCAAAACCACACAACACAUUAAUAACUAAUAACUAAAUUAAACAACUCAGCAACAACAUUCACAAAGAUUCGAAUCUUCCUCUCAGAACAUUCCAUCACAAACCCAAAAUCCAACGGUUGUAAUCCACCUAAGCUCAAACAAAAAUUCCAUGGCAUAAUUCCAGCAUCACCUCACAUAUUACACAAACAUUAUUACCAACACAAACCGUUCUAUAUACCUCUCUCAUCUUCCUCGUAUUUCGAUUAUUUCACACCAAUCAUUUUCUUCACUUUUUCUCAAUCUCAAUUUUCCUUCCUCCGCCGGAGAAACCUUGUAUCAGUGGCGGGAACAACGUGUUUGACUGUUAGGUGGUGAGUUUGUUGCAUUAUUUUCUUCUUCCUCUGUGACUUUUCGAAGCCAUGGAGGUUUCAGAUGUGUUACCUGAAAAAUCACCGAAAAUGUCUAUAGUAGAAAAAAUGUUUGGAGGAUCAAAUUCAGGGAAAGGAAGUUUCAAAAAGUCGCCGGAAAAUUCUAAAGUUUCCGACGAGUCGUCGUCGGAAACGCCGAAAAAAUCUAAAGAUGUGUCACCGAGAAAGUCUAUAGUGGAAAAAGUGUUUGGAGCAGGGAGUGUUAGCUUCAAGAAGAGUUCUAACAAUGAAGAUAACGAAGGUGGCAUGGAAUUAAUGGAAAUUGGUGGAGAAAGAACAAAGAAUGUGUUGAUUCUUAUGAGUGAUACUGGUGGUGGUCAUAGAGCUUCUGCUGAAGCAAUUCGUGAUGCUUUUCAAAUUGAAUUCGGUGAUGAAUACAGGAUAUUUGUUAAAGAUGUUUGGAAGGAGUAUACAGGGUGGCCAUUGAAUGAUAUGGAAGGUCAAUAUAAAUUCAUGGUUAAGCAUGUUCAAUUAUGGAAGGUUGCUUUUCAUAGCACUUCUCCUAAAUGGAUUCAUUCAGUUUAUUUGGCGGCCAUCGCCGCCUACUAUGCAAGAGAGGUGGAGGCAGGGUUGAUGGAAUACAAGCCAGAUAUUAUAAUCAGUGUUCAUCCUUUGAUGCAACAUAUUCCACUAUGGGUUUUGAAGUGGCAAGGUUUGGAAAAGAAAGUUGUUUUUGUAACUGUUAUCACUGACCUUAGUACCUGUCAUCCUACUUGGUUUCAUCCUUGGGUGAAUAGAUGUUACUGCUCUUCACAGGAAGUGGCGAAAAAAGCCUUACAAGAGGGACUUGAAGAAUCUCAAACUCGAAUUUAUGGUUUACCAAUCAGGCCUUCUUUCGCUCGCGCAGUUCUUGUUAAGGAUGAACUAAGAAAAGAACUUGAGAUGGAUCCUGACUUGCCAGCCGUUUUACUGAUGGGAGGUGGUGAAGGAAUGGGGCCUGUCAAGAAAACUGCAAAGGCUCUUGCAGAAUCACUUUAUGAUAAAAAAGCUGAGAAACCGAUCGGGCAGAUUGUAAUCAUAUGCGGUCGCAAUAAGAAUUUGGUAGCUUCCGUGGAAGCCAUUGACUGGAAAAUUCCAGUGAAGGUUAGAGGAUUUGAGACAAUAAUGGCCAAAUGGAUGGGAGCAUGCGACUGCAUCAUAACAAAAGCUGGACCAGGUACAAUUGCAGAAGCAUUGAUUAGAGGUCUUCCUAUAAUCCUCAACGACUAUAUCCCGGGACAGGAAAAAGGUAAUGUGCCUUAUGUGGUAAAUAAUGGAGCUGGCGUUUUCACCCGUAGUCCUAAGGAAACAGCGCGAAUUGUGGCAGAAUGGUUCAGCACAAAACAGGAUGAAUUGAAGACAAUGUCAGAGAAUGCACUUAAAUUAGCGAAUCCUGAGGCCGUGUUUAACAUCGUUAGGGACAUUCAUGAACUUGCUAAGCAACGCGAGCCAGGAGCCUUUCCUUACGAGUUGACCGCGUCAUUUACUAGCAUAAUCUAAUUGAUUAUUUGUCUGUUCAUCUUUCAUCAUAGUUUUUUUUAAUCAUUUCCAUUAGUAUUGACAUGUACAGUUAAUUUUUCAAGUUGCAUCAUUCUUUA